AACUAUUGAAAGUUUGAGUCUUCAGUUUGUGAUUACUGGAUAGAAAUACCAAACAGUAUAAAAAUUGUUUUUUUUUGCACAUGCUUCAAAAACCAAGAAAGUUACCAAUUUUGAACACAGUUAAGCCAUACAAAGUCUGUUUAUUUUCAACUCUGAGCAAUUGGUUUGAAUAAUUUUGCAUACGUUCAACACUAUGGACAAAGAAAAAGAAAAUCGAAUGAAGUUUUGGGCGGGGGAGAUAUUGGACAGUUCUUUGGACAUUCUAGCCGGGGAUAACUUCGUAGAGGCGUUUGCUGGCGUGGUAGCAGAGAAGCUGGGCCUACAACUACCCGGUGAAACGGCACAGAAAUUGGCUUACAUUUUAAGCAACGUGGCUCUCAUCGAGUUUUCCUACCAUGUCAUCGGAGUUGGAAGCUCGUUUUCUUCCUUGGAUCUAACUGGAGUUGCACUGGCACAGAUAAAAAAGACACUGGAGGAAUUUAAAAAAAUGGUCGGAAUCAUCCUCUCAACUCCAUUGAAGACAGCAGUCGAUAAAACAUUGAGUGCCAUGAAUCUUCUCGAAAAUGAGCAAAUAAGCAGAGCAGUGAAGGAGUUUGAAGGGGCAAAAGAUGACGCCCAAACAGCCUUUCACUAUGCUAAAGGCCAGGGAAAUGAACUGGAUCACUUACGACAAGUGUCGACAGCCACGCGAAUUAUACUUUUAGCCAAACUUUGCAUUUACUCGUAUGACGAAAACAGCCACACAAUCGAGCCCUUUUAUGUUCUUGACGAUAAAAAACAAAAGGCUAUCGCGAUUGAGCUCGAACGAGACUGCAAAAAUUUUCUUGAGUAUCACAGAACGGUCCAAGUAGGAUUUUUCAGCCUGAAAAAGGACUCGAAACAGGAUGAAUUGCAUAUAAUCAAAAACGAACUGCUGAAGAUUGCGUAUCCAUACAUAUCUGAAGGAAAAAAGUAUACUUGCUUAUCGAGAAGACUUGAAGAAUGUUUUGAAAUCAAGUACGACUCCGAUUUAAUACCUGACGGUCGCCAAAACGCUACGGUGGUCAAAUUGGGCAUCCGAAAAAAGGACAACAGUAAAAUAACAGAAUCUUUUUACAAAUCAGAAUACGGAGAUGUUAAGUUCGCGUCGGAUCCCCAAAACCCUGCUGUGGUCAAAUUGGGCAUCCGAAAAAAGGACAACAGUAAAAUAACAGAAUCUUUUGACAAAUGCGACGGAGAUGUUGAGUUCGCGUCGGAUAAACCGAUUACGUCGAUUGAAGAAAAAAAACUUCAGAAAACAAUAGAUAUUAGGUUAUUUAAACAUGUACGAGGGAGUUUCUUAUCCCUAUCCCGUUUGGAUUUCAUACGAACUACUGAUGAAAUGCCAAUUUUCUACACUAGAAAGCUUAAAAAUGAAGUGAUGGGUGCUGAAUUCGGUUUUAAUGACUGUUUUUUGUACUAUAUAAGCGAUGACGGCUGGUACUGUUCUUCUGUUUCCAACAGACAUCGGGAUUGGCAACUGAAAGGCAACUGUGUCUUGAGGAACAGGACUUCUCGAAACACUAAAACAACAUUGGAAUUGCCUCCACUGAGUGGCUGGGAAAUGUUUACUAAAGAACAAAAGUGGUGCGAGCAUGACUACACGUUGAGGGCUGAUCAAUUAAUCACUCUCGAAAGUUUGGAUUGCAAAGAGUUCAUUAGUCAACCGUGGAAAGCACUAGACAGGAGCAAGUUCAAAGACGAAAUUGUCGUAACUGCGUCGGCAGAAAACAUCCGAAGAAGUAGUUAUUUAGCUCUCCUUACUCUUAUUGAUCGUUAUUUGGGAAUAUAUGAAGUAGACAAGAACACUAAGCACAAACACAGUUGUGUUUACAAAAGUUCACGAUAUUGGUACUAUUCUGUAUACAAAACAGCUGGAGGGCAAUGGCGCCUUGUUGAUACUGGGAAUAGUAUUAAAGGUAAACUUAAGUAUUAUAAUGACUCUUCUCCUCACAGCGAAUGGCCUCCAGCAACUGGAUGGAGACCUGUUUCUGUUCAAUGCAGUCGAGGUGUUCAAGAGAUCGAGCUGAAGAUUAAAAUCAAUCCAGUUUGAAAAUGACACUGUUUGACUGAUGUUUAGAUCACACUUUCCUGCUUUACGCAUGAAUACUUUGAAAAUAUCUAUCAUGUAUGCUUUUAUAGUGAAUUCAUAGAAAAGACUAGAAAAUACACAAAUUUUUACAAAAUACACAAAAUUUACAGAAAAUACACUAGUGUGACUGCAUUUUAACAAUGAUUUUAGUUACUCUCACCUAAUUCUAUCUGUUAACAUUUCCGAAGUAUCCUUUUCACGUGCUUUUACAGAUUAUGAAUAUUAACAAACAUUGAUUUGAAUAUUAGAAUACAUAUUCACCUCAUUUAACCUAUUAUUUUUUAUAGUAAAA